AUGGGUGAAUUUCAAACGUCGUUGUUUAAUCACGUGCUACAGAGGUCUUACAUUACUGAUGCCGCGUCCAAGGAAAAGAGAUAUGGAGCUGUGGUCGUCGGCGCUGGGCCAGCUGGACUUGCUGUCGUGGGUAAUCUUUUGGAACAAAAGAAAGGUCCAAUUCUGUGGAUUGCAGAUGUUAAGAAAUUUGGGGGUGGCAGAUUACAUCGGAUGUAUCGGGCUGUGCCUUCGAAUACAAAAGUCAAAUUUUUCUCUAUGUUCGCAGAGGCUUUAGAACCUUUCCAACAAGUUAUAAAGGAAACUGCUACUCCUAAUGCUUACAGCCGUUUGAAAGAUCUUGAUCAGGAAAAGACCUGCCAUAUUGCUGAAGCUGCUGACUUAGGGUUGAUGUUAGCAACCGGGCUUAAUGAGUCUAAAGGUGCCAACGGCUGGAAUGUCGAAUUCGGUCGUUUUGAAAAUCCAAGUCGUUCAGCAUCCUCGGAUCUCCUCUUUUUGUGUACCGGAUCUCACCCCACAGAGACCAACCUCCAACUUAAGCAGGGGGUGCCUCAGCCACAAUAUCUUGGUCUUGAUUGCUGUUUGAAACCUGAUAAGUUGUUAUAUACAUUGCGUCGUCAUUUUAAAGCGAUGUCAGACUCGACUAAAAUCACCACUAUCGCCGUCAUUGGUGCGUCUCACAGUGCGAUUCUCGUACUACGAAACCUCUAUGAAGCUGCGGAUUUGCUCAAAGAAAAAGAUGGUCAGAUUCGCAUUAAAUGGCUCACUCGCCAUGAGCUUCGAUAUGCUGAGGAGCGUGAUGGAUGGAUCAAGCGUGACAACACGGGCCUCAAGGGUGAAGUAGCCACAUGGGCAAAGGAGAAUCUCGAAGCCGACACCUUGCCCACAUCUGAUGUUUCUAAAUACCUCGAGAAAGUGAAGACCUCGCCCGAAACAGAGACGGAAGACUACGAGAAACAUUUACCGGAGUGUCAAUAUGUGGUGCAGGCUAUUGGGUUCACGAAGAACCCACUUCCACCGAUUGAGAGAAAUGGGAAGCCAUUGGAAAUUACCUAUAACCACGAGACAUCGGAAUUUGUCGAUGCCGAGGAAAAGACGAUUACAGGAUUGUAUGGUGCUGGAAUUGCGUUCCCGGAGAAAGUCGUGGAUCCAGAGGGCACAACCGAGUACGCGGUUGGGUUGUGGAAGUUCAUGAAGUAUUUGAAGAGGGUUGCCCCAACAUGGACUGCAUGA